UUUUCCACCAGCUCCUCAUUCCAGGGCGGCCCCCGAGGGACCCCCACAAGCUCCGGGGCUCUUUCCCGUCAGCCCUCGUUAGGCAGCGCGCGGCGAACGGGGCCCGCUGAAUUAAUUAAUCGCUGAGUGAAUUAAUCACCCCAUCAAGCCGCCGAAUUCGUCACCCCGGCCGCUCCGCGGAGCAGCUGCUGGGCGCUCCCGGCUGCUGCUCCCUCCCUUUUCCGGGAGCACCGAGGGAUCGGGAGCUUUUGCUGAGAAAAACAACUUUUUUUUUAAUUUUUCCCUUUUUUUUCCCCCCUCGCGCGACGCUUUUUAAAACCCCUUAAAAGAGAAGCGGCUUCUCGGGGAUGUUUUUCCUGCUUUUCCGCUCUCUCCCGAGCCUCCCUCUGAGUUUCCCUGGCCAACAGAGGCUGCACCUUUCCCUGGAGCCCGGCCCAUCCCAAACAUUGGCGGCUCCUCCUGCCAGCUCUCAAAGUCACCUUGUCCCGACCCGCCGAGCUCUCCCGGCAAAUCAUUAAUCGGCUCCUCGGCAUUCCCGCAUGGAAAAAUGUCCCAGCGGGUGCCCCCGGGCUGGCACUCGGACAUGCAGCUCCCCGGGAAGCUGCUCCUGUCGGCGGCCGCGCUGCUGCUCCUGUCCCUGGCCUUCAGGUUUUACAGGAACCGCUCUUCUCCUCCCCCGGGAAAAAUCCCGCCGGGAGAGCAGCUGGAAAAUGAGCAGGGAAGCGAACCAGGAAGCGAGCCGGGAAUUUUGCUGGGAAGCGAGCUGGGAGGCAGAGCAGGAAUCGAGGUGGGAGGUGAGCUGAGAAUUUGGCCGGGAAUUUCUCCGGGAAGCGAGCUGGGCUCUGACGGCCCCGAGGAGGGGGACGGAGCCUCCCCGAGCUCCGGGCGCUCCCCGGGGCCUGGCGAUGCCCGGCCGGAGGGGGAUGGAUGUGCCCGGAGCACGGAGCAGGCUCCGGCUGGAGCCGGGAGGAGCAGCAAGGGCAGCACGGGGACCGUCCGGACCCUCAGCGUCACCUCCAACCUGGGGCUGCUGCUGACGGCGAGCGAGGCAGGCUCGGACACCUCCUACCGCUUCUCCUCGGUGGCCAAGAUCCAGGUGGAGGAGAACUUCAUCCCGGAGCGCCGGGACAAGGACGGGGACAGGCCUGGCCUGCGGGGCAAAGUCUACGACUACUUCGUGCAGUCCAUCUCCGAGUCGGUGUCCAGGAGAACCUCCCUGCCCUUCGUCCCUGCCAGGACCUGCCGGGGCCGGGCAGAGCCGCAGGGCUCCGGAACCCACGCGGAGAACCCAACCUCGGAAAUUCCUGAUCCCAACACCCCCGCGGCUCCGCAGGAGGGCACGGAGAGCCCUCCCCAGCCACCUUCUCCCGGCACCUCCUCCGAGCUCCCACUGCCCUGCGGGGCUCCCGAGCCGCCCCGAGAGCCGCAGCCCGGCCGGGUUCACCUGGGGAACUGCUCCGAGGUUCUGCGCUCGGCCAAGGCGCGGCAGCUGCGGGCCCUGCAGGACUCGGCGCUGCAGGUGAUGAGCCAGCACCUCCUGCAAGUGCUGCGCUCCCCGGACAUCUACGGCCGCCUCAAGGCCGGCGAGCGGGAGCUGCUGCCGGCCCUGCGGAGCCGCGGGCGGCCGCGCCUGGUGGUGGCCGAUGUCCCCCCGGGCCAGCCCGGCCACUCCCGCGGCCGCCUCUGCUACUACGACGAGGACGGGGACCGCUGGUGGCAGCUGUGCCAGCUGCCGGCGGACGUGGCCGGGCGGGGCUGCGCCGUGUGCCCCAUGUUCAAUUACCUGUUCGUGCUGCCCGCCUGGGAGGGCUCGGGCCGGGCUCGGAGCCCCUCCCGCCGCGUGCUCUGCUACGACCCCCUGAGCGACAGCUGGAGCCACAUCUGUCCCCUGCGCCAGGCGCGGCCGCGCUGCCGGCUGGUGGCCCUGGACGGCCACCUCUACGCCAUCGGGGGCGAGUGUUUGGCCACCGUGGAGCGCUACGACCCCCGCAGUGACCGCUGGGCCUUCGCCGCCGCCCUGCCCGGGGACACUUUCGCCGUGGCCCACGCGGCCGCCGCCUGCGACGGCGACAUUUAUGUCACCGGGGGCACCCUGCGCUCGCUGCUGCUGCGCUACGACCCCCGCGGCGACAGCUGGGCCACCGGGCCGGCCUUGGGCGACAAGGACGGCACCGCCGAGCUGGUGAGCGCCCACGGCUUCCUGUACCGCUUCCAGCUGCGGCGCGGCGGUGUCGCCGAUGUCGCCGAGGUGGCGGUGUCGCGAUGCAGCGCCAGCGCGGGGCUGUGGUACCGCUGUGCCAGCCGCCCCCUGGCCGAGCCGGCCGGGCUGAGCUGCGCCGCUCUGGGCGGCCUCAUCCACUGCCUGGGCCGGGGUUUCCAUCUCCGCUUCCUCGCCGAUCCCGUCUCGCCGCGAUUCGGGGCCCGGGAGCUGCGGCCGUUCCCGGAGCCGCACGGGAACCUCCUGCCCGCGGUGCUGGCGCUGCCCGAGGCGGGCGCGGAGCCUCCGCAGCUCUGAGGGGACCCCAGGAGAGGGGGAGGCUGCAGGAGGAGCCCCAGCUGGAGCUGGGCAGCCCAGACUUCCAUGGACAUGGAGCGUUCCCAUUCCCGGGAUGCAGGAAGGGAUCAAACCCUUGGAUUUGAUCUGUUCCCAUUCCCUGAGAUGCAGGAAGGGAUCAAACCCUUGGAUUUGGCCUUUUCCCACUGUCCAGGAUGGAGGAAAGGAUCAAA